AUAAAAAGGGUAUAGAAAUUACACACACAAUUAAUAAAAAGCUUAUCUUAAAUUUGUCAUCUUCUGAUUAAAACUCCUCUCUCAUUUCUCUAUUAGCACAGAAAGAAAUACAUACAUACUGAUACUACUAUAAAUUCAACCCUCUCAAAAAAUUAUAUAAAAUCAACGUCAGUUUUUUAGUCAGAACGACAGAGAAUCCCACCUCCAAUAAAAUCCCGAAACCCAAAAUUCAAAAAAAAAAAAAACUCCGGCGAUUUUCUUCUUCGUCGAAAAAUGGUUUUACAGAGGAUUAACAGAAAACAGCAGCCAUUGCUCUGUUUUCUCUCUCUUAUACGUUAUUAUUCUCUCUCUUCAAAGAAAAAUGGCGGCAUCUCCUCCGCCGCUACUGGUGGUGUUUUUCUUCUACGUCGUAAUAAUAGCCACCGUUACCGUUAUUAUCGUCAUCGCCGUCUUUUUUUACCUCUUUUGUUUGCUCUUCUCGUUGUUACUGUGCUUUUCUUCUCAUUUCUCUCUGUUCCUAUCUCCGACCGACUUCAUCAUCAUCACGCUGAAGGAUUAAUUGACGUGCAUAAGAAGAGUGGUGCUGUAAGCGUGAGGCGUGAUCUUUGGAGCACGAAUUCAUCAGGAAUUUACUACGGUUGCAGCAAUGCCAGCAGAAAAUUUCUCUCGGCGGAUGAAAAAACUCAACCUCAUCGUUACUUAUUAAUUUCGACAAGUGGAGGAUUAAACCAACAAAGAACAGGGAUUACAGAUGCUGUUGUUGCGGCCUAUAUUUUAAAUGCAACUCUUAUUGUUCCCAUUUUGGACCAGAAAUCUUACUGGAAGGAUGCGAGUGACUUUGGCGAUAUUUUUGAUGUUGAUUGGUUUAUAUCAUUUCUAUCAAAAGAUGUCAAAAUUAUAAAGCAGCUUCCAAUGGUAGGAGGAAAAGUUCUUACCCCAGCUCGAACUCGAGUUCCAAGGAAAUCCAAUCCCAAGUACUACCUAAAACGGAUCUUACCCCUUCUAAAUAAGAAGCAUGCUGUGCAGCUGACAAAGUUUGAUUACAGGCUAUCAAAUAACUUGAACACUGAUCUACAAAAACUAAGAUGUAGGGCUAAUUACCAUGCCUUAAGAUUUACGGAUCCAAUUGUUGAAAUGGGAAGAAAGUUAGUUGAGAGAAUGAGAAUGAGAAGCGAACAUUUUAUUGCCCUACACUUGAGGUUUGAGCCUGAUAUGCUUGCAUUCUCAGGGUGUGAUUAUGGAGGAGGAGAGAAAGAAAGGAAAGAACUUGGUGCUAUACGAAAACGGUGGAAAACUUUACAUAAAAGUAACCCUGACAAGCAGAGGAGGCAGGGAAAAUGCCCACUCACCCCAGAGGAAGUUGGUCUUAUGCUGAGAGCACUUGGCUACAACAGUGACGUGCAUAUAUAUGUGGCAUCCGGAGAGGUUUAUGGUGGAGAAGAGACGUUAGCGUCUCUUAGGGCACUAUUCCCGAAUUUCCAUUCAAAAGACACACUAGCAAGUCAAGAGGAGCUGGCUCCAUUUGCACCAUUUUCAGCUCGGAUGGCUGCUUUGGAUUUCAUCGUUUGCGAUGAGAGUGAUGUUUUUGUCACCAACAACAACGGUAAUAUGGCCAGAAUUUUAGCAGGAAGAAGGAGAUACUACGGGCACAAGCCUACUAUUCGGCCUAAUGCUAAAAAACUUAAUCACCUGUUCUCGAACCAAAACAACAUGACAUGGGAAGGUUUUGCUUCCGAAGUUAGAAUUCAUCAGGUUGGCUUCAUGGGUGAUCCAAAUGAGGUAAAGCCAGGGAGGGGUGAGUUCCAUGAAAAUCCUUCAUCUUGCAUAUGUCAAAGCUCAUUUCCCAACAAUCAAGGCUCUGACCUUCAGGAUGAGUCAGCUGUCACGUUUCAGAAAGGGAAAGAAUUUAGCACAAUAGGUUCUGAUACAGGUGAAAUAAAUGAUUAUGAUCAGAAUUUUGAGGAUGAACAAGAAUUGGCUGAUCCAGAAGACGUAGAUACUGAAAAUACUACCGUCCCUGGGAAAGAACUGACUCGGGGCAUUAAUAACGAUCCCCGUAUAAUUCUGACAUCUGAUCAGCCAGAACUAGACGAGUUCCUGUCAGAUUAAAGGGCUUAAAACCAUAUUUUCUGUUCUAAGCAGCUUCUCAGUUCUCUGAUCAUCUGACCCUAUUCUUUGACUUCUUGCAUUUGGGUUUCCCCGUGCUAAUAAGCGUACAUUGUACUCCUCUUGCAUUGAUUUGAGCAGAAGGCAGCAGUGGCGCGCCAAUACAGCUUGUACAUAAUGGCGUUUUCUGGCCAGCACAGAAGAAAGUGUAGAGUUUCUGUAAAUGACAAUGUUUGAGCAUUGAGCCUCAGGAUAAGCUUUGUAUAUUAGAGGCAGCUGAAAUUAUGGAGUUAAAAAAAAUCACAUCAGGAUAUAUAGGUUUCUUUUUUACACCAAUUUUUGCUACUAUCUCGAUCACCUUUUAAAGAGGUUGAUAUAUAUACUUUUCUCAAUGUAGCAUUUGAUACAUAAAAGACGAGCAACGGAAAAUUAUAGGACUUG